AUGAUCGAACAUGCCAAAAUAAUCGAAGAAGCCAGCCUUAUCGAAGACACAAACAUGAACGACGAAGCUGAUCUUCGCCGUCUUCCAGGCCUCCGCUUCCCAGGACGAGCAGGCGAGCCAGUGUCCCGCCAAAACCAGGUCGGUUGGCAAAUGUUCUUCGGACCUUCGCCCGAAUCCCCCAAGCACCUAAUUCAGCUCGCCACGUAUGCUUCGCGCUGGCUCAAAGCGGCCGUCGAGGUCCUUGAGGAGACCAAGGGAACGGGCGAAUGGGACGAUGUCCUGCAGAAGGCGGCAGAGCGGUUGCAGGCCAGGGAUCGCAGAAAGGAAUGGACCGCAGGCGCGACACAAGCUGACCGCGGAGCCGUCAUGAUGACUAUCGUGGGAGCCAGAGAGCUGCAUUUGAAGAUGCGUGGGCAAAAGGUUGGGGGACUCAGAGGAAGACGACCCCGGAACAUUCCAAAGGGAUUUCGGCCUUUCUUGGCCAGUCUCGACAGAUGGAUCGAGGCCUCCGUGUGGUUGAGGCUCUCGCAAGCUAUCAGUGGUCCACAUGUCGACGAGGGAAAUGAGGAUGCCAAGAAAACCACGGCCAAGAGAGCAUUUACGCCAGUUGAAGCCACCGAAGAACUACCCAUGAAAAAGGCUCGGUAUUUCGAAUCGACCUCGUCAAGUAUGAGAGACGAAGGAUCCCAGACUGCGCUCUCCGCUACGGGAUAUCUUAGCGAGGACGAAAACGUCUCGAAUUCGCCGACUCCUCCCCAAAACAGUGCCAACAAUGUCGAUCUCAUCGGUGUUGUUGAACGCGAGCUUGACUACGAGGAGCUGGCGUCUACGAUAGAGCGUCUGAAGGAUAAUUACAAGGACCUGUGGGAAGAGAACAAGAUGCUCCGCCAGAAGUUCAAGAAAGCGGAGGCUGUGAAGGAGGUGACUCGCACAGCGGAGGUCGAAGUUGGGGACCCGGCUGGUGCCGACUCGGGACAUCCUGAGGGCGUGUUCGGUACGAUCAAACGUCGGAUCUUCUCAUUCUGGGGCUGA